UAACAAUAAUUAAGUUCACUUGAUUUCUAAAAGAUUUUGCAUAUCAAACAAUUGAAGCAGGGCGUUGUGUUUUGAGUUUGAUUGUGAUGGCACCGCAUGCAGACGUUACUGGUGCCCCUUGCAUGGGACGAACCAACAACUUCUCCAAACCACCGAGGUUACCUAACGAUGGCCUGCACCGGACUAUCUCUGACAUCACAUUUCAGCUGAGCAACAUUGAUCUCAAAGAGGCAACAACUCACGUGGACGAUAAACUCCCGCCAAUAUCAGAGGUGGAAGAUGCAAAAUGCGACUGCUGUGGGAUGAGUGAGGAGUGCACGCCAGAGUACAUAGAGAGGAUUCGGAGCAAGUUCUUGGGGAAGUGGAUAUGUGGGCUGUGCGCGGAGGCCGUGAAGGAGGAGAAGGAGAAGAAUGGAGGAAAUAUAGAGGAGGCGUUGAGCAGGCAUAUGAAUACUUGCGCUAGGUUUAACAAGCUUGGGAGGGCUUAUCCGGUUUUAUUCCAAGCUGAAGCCAUGAGAGAGAUUUUGAAGAAGGCUAGGGUGGAAGGGAAAGGGCUUAGGGCUAAAUCCCUUAGCCCUAGGGAUCUUCAAGUAGGCCAAAAGAAAGGCGGGAUUGCUAGGAGUUCAAGCUGCAUUCCAGCCAUUACAAGGCAGAUGAAUGAUCUCACCGUCUCACAUUAAGUUACUUAGCUUAAUUAAUCUCCUCUCUUCCUAGGCAUUUUUCAAAACUCUAAAAUAGGAUUUUGCUUUGGGAGGUGGAUUCAAUUUCACCCUCAAGCUUAGGUGUCUUUUUUCAUAUAUAUUGGGCCAACCUUUUAGUUAACCUUGAAGGGCGUUUUUAGGAUUGGCACCCAACUCCCUCUUACCCCUAAAUCAACUGAAGGAGUCUAU